CAGUCCCUGGCGGCGAUGAGACAGAGCGGCGCCUCCCAGCCCCUGCUGAUCAACAUGUACCUGCCAGAUCCCGUCGGAGACGGUCUCUUCAAAGAAGGAAAGAGCCCGGGCUGGGGACCGCUGAGCCCCGCGGUACAGAAAGGCAGCGGCCAGAUCCAGUUAUGGCAGUUUCUGCUGGAGCUGCUGGCUGACCGCGCCAACGCCGGCUGCAUCGCCUGGGAGGGCGGCCACGGCGAGUUCAAACUCACCGACCCGGACGAGGUGGCGCGGCGCUGGGGCGAGCGCAAGAGCAAGCCCAACAUGAACUACGAUAAGCUGAGCCGCGCGCUGCGCUAUUACUACGACAAGAACAUCAUGAGCAAGGUGCACGGCAAGCGCUACGCCUACCGCUUCGACUUCCAGGGCCUGGCGCAGGCCUGCCAGCCGCCCCCCGCGCACGCCCACGCCGCCGCCGCAGCCGCCGCCGCGGCCGCCGCCGCGCAGGACGGCGCGCUCUACAAGCUGCCGGCCGGCCUGGCCCCGCUGCCCUUCCCCGGCCUCUCCAAACUCAACCUCAUGGCCGCCUCGGCCGGCGUCGCGCCCGCCGGCUUCUCCUACUGGCCAGGCCCGGGCCCCGCCGCCACGGCGGCCGCCACCGCUGCGCUCUACCCCAGCCCGGGCUUGCAGCCGCCGCCCGGGCCUUUCGGCGCGGUGGCCGCGGCGUCGCAUCUGGGGGGUCAUUACCACUAG